GGAUGGCUGAGAGGUCGUGCGUGUCAGUGACCAGCUGAGGUCUGCUGAGAGCUCACUCUACUCAUCUGGCUGAGAGCAUGUACAGGAAGAAUGGACUCCCUGUCAGUGUCAGCAUCACCUCUGCUACCCAGGACAGCAGUAGUUCUGAGUCUUUGGAUUGGCAGAGUUUGGACUCUGCUAAAAGCUAUGAUGCGGUGGUGUUUGACGUGCUGAAAGUGACGCCUGAGGAGUUUGCUGGCCAGAUCACUUUGAUGGAUGCUCCUGUAUUCAAAGCAAUACAACCUGAGGAGUUGGCCAGUUGUGGAUGGAAUAAGAAGGAAAAGCACAAUCUUGCACCUAACGUGGUGGCCUUUACCCGGAGGUUCAAUCAGGUGAGUUUCUGGGUAGUGAGAGAGAUACUGACAGCACAGACACUGAAGAUCCGUGCUGAGAUUUUGAGCCACUUCAUCAAAAUCGCUAAGAAACUGCUGGAGCUAAAUAACCUGCACUCUUUGGUGUCUGUGGUGUCAGCCUUACAGAGCGCACCAAUCUUCAGACUGAGCAAGACCUGGACACUCAUCAGUCGAAAGGACAAAACCACUUUUGAGAAGCUGGACUUCUUGACAUCAAAAGAAGAAAACUACACUCGGAUGAGAGUGCACAUCAAGUCCCUCAAAAUGGUUCCCUGCAUCCCUUAUCUGGGAAUUUAUUUGUUUGAUAUGACCUAUAUCGACUCUGCCUAUCCAGCCACUGACAGCAUCAUAGAGACUGAGCAGAGGACCAAUCAGAUGAACAAUCUUCUCCGGGUCAUUUCUGACCUUCAGGUGUCCUGUAACUAUGAUCACUUGCUGACAUUACCACAUGUACAGAAGUACCUGAUGUCAGUGCACUACAUUGAGGAACUGCAAAAAUUUGUGGAGGAUGAUAAUUACACGUUGUCCCUGAGGAUUGAACCUGGGAGUAAUUCACCUCGUCUUGUCUCUUCUAAAGAAGACCUUGGAGGACCAUCAGAAGAGUCAUUCUCUGCAAAGUAUAACCGGAGGCCAACAUGUCCUGAUACCUCAGUUGUAUCUCAUCUGCCUACACCCCCACCAGCCCGACACAGAAAGAGCCACAGCCUGGGAAAUAACAUGAUGUGCCAGUUUGGAGUAGCGGAGAGUAAGAGUGCCACUUUUUCUGUGAAGGAAAAGGCUCGUCAUCUACUGGACGACAGCUUUUUAGAGUCACACAGCCCCGUCAGGAAUCACACACACGACUCUGUCUUCACCAACGGCAUCUCAUUAGGUAGUACAGAAAGCUUCUUCAGUGAAGAAUUGUCGUCUACUGCUGAGAGGGGUCGUAUGUAUGCUACACUUGGUCCAAAUUGGAGGGUUCCAGUCCAUAACUCCCCUAGAAGCAGAAGCUACGUUUACAGUGCCACAGGGGUUGUGUCCAGUUAUGAGUGCAGCUCACUUAGCAGUAUCACCAUUGAAGGGCCUCUGCGGAGAAAGACUGUGAUGAAAGAGGGCAAGAAACCUACAUUGUCAUCAUGGAAACGAUACUGGAUUGUUCUUUCCGGUUCAACUCUAAUAUAUUUUGGCUCAAAAGCUUUAAGAGCAAAUGAAAGGAGACAUUACAAAUCCAGGCCUUGUAAGAAGAUUUCAUUAACAGGCUGGAUAGUGGUGCUGCCUGAUGACCCUGAGCAUCCAAACAUUUUUCAGCUCAAUGAUCCUGAUAAAGGUAAUGUUUACAAGUUCCAGACUGGAUCUCGUUUUUCUGCAAUUAUCUGGCAUAAACACCUGGCUGAGGCCUGCCGGUGUAUAAGGCCACAGAUACCAGCCAAUUUAAUGUCUUUUGAAUAGCUGCCAUCUUGUGAAGGACAAAAGUGGGCCAGUAACGAGAAAGUUCGGAAAGAAAUUAACAUGAAGUAAAGGUUAAAGCUCUGUGGUGUUAUGAUGAUCAUGUUUUGUCUUGUGUUCAUAGAAUAGCCCUGUUGAUCAGGGUGCAGUAUAUGUGGACUUUUAUCUUGUGGGUUUCGUGCAAUUUAGGACUGUCUUAAAGAAAAAUUGCUGAAGAAGAACAAAACAAUUGAAGCGAAGAUAAUGAUACCAAAAUAUAUCAUAUUCUGAGAGCAACACUGCAGCUCAUGGAGCAAAUCUUGUUUAGCCAUUAUAGGAAGGACACUACCUAUAUUGAAAUAUUGUUUUUUUUUGUUUUGUUUUGUUUUUUUUGUCAUUUCAACUCAGUUGGAAUCUUUAUCUUUAUUGGAAUCUCUAGUAAAUCAAGUUUGCACGCAGACUAUGAAGCUAAAGUUUAUACCCUAAAUUUUUUCGUGUAUUUCCAUUUUUUUGGAGCACUACAGUGACACCUGAAAGAAAUUCUGUUUUUUUUCCCCCGAAAAAAUAGGUUAAUUUUAAAACUGGCAUUCGAGGAGCAAGAAGAAAUUGACCAGAUUUGUUUAAAAAAUUAAAGGGCAGUGCUUGUAUCCUGCCUGUAAAAUUAUCAUUGCUAAAACUAUUCUUCAUUGUGACCUAUGUAAUCCACAAUAAAGGGGUGGCAUAUAUUGUCACAUUAGUUCAAUAUUGUACAUAUACCCUUGUUAAAUAUUGCACAUUCGUACUACUCUGUGUGAACGAUGUCAAACAUUUUGUGUACAGUCUAAUACUGUUUUAUUUAUGUUUUCAUGUGAACAAGUGCCAAAAGUUUGUAUUAUAAAUGUUAUUGACUUUGUUGAAUUUCUGAGCUAAGUGAAAAGGCCUGGAAAAUGUGAAGUGUUGCAGAAGUAUGAGCAUUCUACCACAGAACAAUGACAGAAUUUCUGUUUUUAGUUAGGUCUUUAUGCACCCAACUGAAAGCCCUCAAAAUGCCCUCCAGAGACAGAUGAAAUAUACUAAUAAACUUGAAGCUGUUUUUCACCAUUGUUUCUCUAACAGAGGUGCCAAUGGGUCAAUCAUCAUUUUAUGGUCUCAACUGAAUAAUAUAAUCUAGUUCCUACUAAUGGAAUAGGUUUGUAAAUAUGUUUGACAUUUGUGUGUGUGUGUGUGUGUGUGUGUGUGUGUGUGUGUGUGUGUGUGUGUGUGUGUGUGUGUGUGUGUGUGU